AUGUCGGAUGACGAUUGGAGGGCCAGCACCAGCUCCUCCUCAUCUUCGUCCUCCAACCAGCAAACCGAGAAAGAAGCAAACACCUCCAAGAAGAAGGAGAGUAAAGUCAGAAUGAGCAAAAACUCCAAAAUCCUCUCCACCAGCGCCAAGAGCAUUCAGAAGGAAUUGACAGACAUCACUUUAGACCCUCCGCCUAACUGCAGUGCUGGCCCCAAAGGCGGUAACAUCCAUGAAUGGAGAUCAACCAUUCUAGGGCCAGGGUCCGUGUAUAAGGGUGGUGUAUUCUUCCUUGAUAUCACUUUUACACCAGAGUAUCCCUUGAAGCCUCCAAAGGUUACAUUUCAGACAAGAAUCUAUCACUGUAAUAUUAACAGUCAAGGGGUUAUUUGCUCUGAAAAAUUGAAAGAUAAUUGGAGCCCAGCCCUCACCAUCUCCAAAGUUCUUCUUUCUAUCUGCUCACUUCUUAUAGACUAUAGUCCUGCUGAACCCUUGGUGGGAAGUAUUGCCACUCAGUAUAUGACCAACAGAGCAGAACAUGACAGAAUGGCCGGACAGUGGACCAAGAGAUAAAUUGGGUUUUCACAAUUCUUUACAUUAUUUGUGUGUCACAGAGAGCUGCUUAUGAUUUUGAAAG